AACGCACUACUGCAUUAGUCCAACCCCAUUUCACAUCAUCCCAAACCAUGUCUAACCAAAUGUUUACUGAAUCUAACGCCUUUAUCCCUGACAGUUGGCUCAGCGCUGAGACAUUCCAAAAUGACCGCUGACGGGCUCACCGGCAUUAUCGGACAGAUCAUAAAGCACACAUCCUCAUCCGACGUCACUAUCGUGCGCGACAAGGGCGGUGUCUUCAGACGCGGCUGGUUCGGUCCCAAGAAGCUUCGCCAAGGUACACGAUUGGAGCUUAAUAUGAAGUCUGUGAAAGUGUGUUGUCCUCGCUGCCAUGUAACAGACUUUACAGAAAUCAGAAAGGAGAAUGGCAAGAGGACGCUUUUUGUCAUGGUUGCGCUCGCAAUCAUCCUCAUCAUCUUAAAGGGGCCACACCAUGCAGCAUCUGCUGUGUCCACAGCAGCUCAGCUAAAGGCAUUCAGGCGCAGGUCACACUUUUGCAGAAGCUGCAACAUUAAGCUUGGAAAGAAUAGAACCUUUCUGCAGCGCCUUGGAUUUUGAUCUUGUAUCCGAAAUAAAUGGCGACA